ACACUAGGAGUAUAAAUAAAAAUCCUGUAAGCAAUUUCACAAUAUUGUAUUGCGAGCACUCAGCGCUCUUCUCUCACUCUCACCGCUCUCGCUCUCGCUCUCGCUCUCGCUGCAGCAACCAUGGAGUUUUGGGGUGUUGAGGUGAAAAGUGGAGAAUCUCUCAAGGUUGAUCCGGAAGAUGACAAGAUUGUCCACCUUUCAAUGGCAUGUCUGGGCGAUGUCAGUAAGGAUAAAGGGAGUGAAGCUGUAUCCGUCUACGUGAAGUUUGGUGACCAGAAGCUUGCACUCGGAACACUCUCUGCUGAUAAGUACCCUCAGAUAUCUUAUGAUUUGAUAUUUGAGAAGGAAUUCGAGCUAUCCCAUAACUGGAAACAUGGCAGUGUCUUCUUUACUGGAUUUAAAGCUGAAUCUCAGGCUGUAUCUGACGGUGACGAUGAAGAUUCUGAUGAUUCUGAUGGUGAAGAUAUCCCAAUUAGUGUUUCCAAUGGGAAACCUGAGAUUGAGGUGAAGAAUAGUGCCAAGCCUAAUGCAAAUGAGGCUAAACAAAAGGAGAAGAUAACAGAUCUGAAAAAGAAUGAGAACAAUAAGGGAAAAGCUGCAAUUGCUGAAGAUGAAGAAGAUUCUUCUGGAUCUGACACUGAUAAUACUAGUGAAGAUGAGCCAAUGCCAAAUGGUGGGGUAGAUAGUAGUGAAGAUGAUGAUGAUAGCGAUGACGACGAUGAUGAAGACGAUGAUGAGGAUGAGGAUGAUGACGACGAUGAUGAGGAAACACCCAAGAAGGCUGAAGGGAGCAAGAAGCGGGUCCUUGAUUCUCCUAAGAACACCCCUGUUCCUGUGAAGAAAGCGAAAUUUGUUACUCCUCAGAAGACUGAUAGCAAGAAUGUUGCCCAUGUUGCAACUCCUUACCCUAAGCAGGCUGGUAAGGCAUCUGCAAGCACUAAGCAGCCAGCGAAGCCGCAGACUCCAAAGUCAGGUGGAGAAUACAGCUGCAAGCCUUGUAACAGGUCAUUUAAGACUGAAGAUGCCUUAGGUUCUCAUAACAAGGCCAAGCACAGUGCAGCUAAGUGAAGGGUUGAUUGUCAGCUUUUGACCUGAAUAGUGAGCAUGUCAAUGUUUUUGAAUUUCCGAUGACUGAAAAAACAGUUUAGGUGAUUUGGGAAAGCUAGACUAGUAGUUUUGGUUUUGUUGAGGUUAUUAUUCAACUUGGAUUUAUCAAAUUUGAAAACGAAUCUAUUUUCUGGCUA